GAGGGGAAGAGAAGAUGGAUCUCCUGCCAGAUUCAGCACCCCUGGCUACAAAGCUGCAGAACACUCUGAUUCAGUACCACAGCAUCAGAGACAGCGAAUGGCGCAUUGCUAAGAGAACUAAAGAUGCUACUGUGUGGCGUAAACCAUCAGAAGAAUUCAGUGGAUACCUCUACAAAGCUCAAGGAGUUGUGGAAGAUGUUACUAACAGAAUAGUGGAUCAUAUUCGACCUGGGCCUUACAGGCUAGACUGGGACAGCUUAAUGACUUCAAUGGACAUUGUAGAAACAUUUGAAGAGAACUGCUGUGUGAUGCGCUACACCACUGCGGGACAGCUCUUCAACAUCAUAGCUCCAAGAGAGUUUGUUGAUUUCUCUUACACUACAAGUUAUGAAGAUGGACUUCUAUCAUGCGGUAUAAGCCUAGACUAUGGAGAAGUGAGACCUAAUUUUGUCCGUGGAUUCAACCACCCUUGUGGAUGGUUCUGCGUCCCCCUUAAGGACCACCCUCACCACAGUCUUCUGACAGGUUAUAUUCAGACUGAACUGAGAGGGAUGCUACCACAAUCUGCAGUUGAUACUGCCAUGGCUAGUACCCUGACCAAUUUCUACUCUGACCUCAAAAAGGCACUGAAAACAUAGUCAAAAUGUUUGACCAAAAGUCCAUGCGUUUCUUGCAAUCAAACUGCAUUAUACAGUUUAGUAUAGGUUAGGUGCUCGUUUUAGAGACAAGUACUGUUAUUCCUGAAUGAUACCUGAAGCUUUAUGUAGAGACAUCGAAACAACUUUACCAAGUACUUUUUGAUCUGAUACCUAGCAGGACUACACACAUUCCUAAC